AUGGCACUGAAAAAUUGGAAUACUAUUCAUGAAAUGGAUCAAGUAUUUGAGCGAAUUCAUGCACGUCUGGAUCUACGCUUUCAGCAACUUAUCAGACAGAUCCAUGCUUAUUCUCAUAAAAAAACAAAACCAAUAUUGAAUUUUUCUCCAACGAAUCAAUUUCAAUUGGAAGAAAUCAUCGCCAAACUCGGCCAUAUAACAGUAUCAACAACUCUCAACGACGUUCGAUAUUUGAAUAAGAAAAGGCCAUUAACACCACAUGCUAUCGACAGCGCAACAUCUAUGAAUCGAUCAUCGGUGAGAAAAACAACAUCUGUAGCAGCAGCAAGAAUAACAACAGUAACAACUACAACAAAGAAUGAAAGUAAUGUGAAGAAUGAUCACUAUCAGAUCAUUGGGAAACACGGACGACAAAAAGGACAGUUGAGUAAUCCGCAAGAUGUAUUCAUUAUCCGAACAUCGCCGAAUCAAAGAACACUUCUUGUUUCUGACACAAUCAACCAGAAUGUGCAGAUGUUUUCGAUAGAAACAGGUCUUUGUACAGGUACAUUUCUUCCGUCGAAUCCUCGACAAAUUCCACUUCGUCGUCCCAUUGGUCUUUCUCAUUCAUUUGCUGAUAGUUCGUCAUGCUUGGUUACUGAUUACGAUCAGCAUUUCAUUAGUAGUUGGAUCAUUGAUGAAACAGGAAAUGGCAAAUUAGUGAAGAAAUUUGGUCAACAAUCAUUGGUGGGCCCAAAAGGAAUCUGUGCAUCGAAUCAAUCGCAACGUAUUGCCGUAGCAGACAAUAAAGCGAACUGUGUUUGCUUAUUCAGUUCAUCCGGCGAAUUUCUCCAUCGAUUUGGAACACGUGGAACUGAAUUACAUGAAUUAGCUGGACCACACUACAUUCAAUUCGCCGAGAAUGACAACGAUCGACAUGUUAUUGUCACAGAUUUUUACAAUAAUUCUGUAAAAAUCUUCGACAUCGAACGUCAUGGCCAAUUAGUCACGAGUUUCGGUUCUGGUGGAACAAAAAAUGGUAUGUUUCAGGCGCCUACCGGUUUGGCGAUUGAUUACGAUCGAGGUUAUAUAUUCGUUUCUGACUGGGGCAAUAAUCGCGUUCAAGUUUUCGAUCGUCAAGGUGUAUUCGUACGUAUUAUUGAACUGUCAACAUCUGAUAUGCUCUAUGGACCACAAGGACUUGACUAUGAACCGAUCAGUCAAACAUUAGCCAUUGCUAAUUCAGGCAAACAUUCAGCUGUUUUAGUGCGAAUUGAUUGA